AUUUACAGACUAUAAGGCUUAAGGCUGAAAGGAGGAAUUAGCUGCUGGGUGGACCACUGUCCCGCAAACUGGACCCUUGUUUGAUGGAGGAGAUGAAUUAGCUCAAGCUGUGUGGAAUAUUUAUUAAUCUUUUGUCUUUAGAGGUUUAGUUUAUGAACUUCUGGAUAACUAAACCUUUAAAAAACACCUCCCCCUCUCUCCACUGGAACCGUUAUAACCUCCUCAUAUUGGGAAAUAUAAGCUGACGUAAUGGAGAAGUCAAGACGCAGGCAGCAAUUAGUCUUCAGCCUUCUGUUUGGGUUGUGGUUGCCUUGCUGUUUAACUCAGACAACACCGUCAAACACUGCCACGCCAACGCCUACACCAUCCCCCUCCCCUCAGGCGCAAACAGAGCGGCUAAAGGUCAGACUGAGUGGAUACCCCCGAAAACACAACGAGGGGCGCAUAGAGCUUUUCUACAAGGGAGAGUGGGGAACCAUCUGUGAUGACGACUUCUCUAUAAAUAACGCCAACGUGCUCUGCCGCCAACUGGGCUUCGUCUCAGCCACAGGAUGGACCCACAGUGCCAAAUACGGCAAGGGCCAAGGGAAAAUCUGGCUGGACAACGUGCUGUGUAACGGAGCUGAGAAGAGCAUUGAAUUCUGCAAGUCUCGCGGCUGGGGCAACAGUGACUGCACUCAUGACGAAGACGCCGGAGUCGUGUGCAAAGACGAGAGGAUUCCAGGCUUUGUGGACCCAAAUGUUAUUGAUGCUCACGUAGAUGAGAACAAGGUGGAGGAGGUGCGGCUCCGGCCCGUGCUCGCCAUGGCUAAAAAGAGGCUGCCCGUCACGGAGGGCGUGGUGGAGGUGAAAUACAAGGACGGCUGGGCGCAGAUCUGUGACGUUGGUUGGACGAUCAAAAACACGCGUGUUGUCUGUGGCAUGCUGGGAUUCCCGCAUGAGAGGAAAGUCAACAAGAACUUCUAUAAACGUCUGAAAAAGCGAGCGGCUGAGAAGGUCUCCAGGCCAAAGGUUAAUGUUUCAGCCGGUGGAAGGCAGACAUCCAAAGCUAAAGCUAACUCUAAGUCUAAACAGAGCAGCCCUGGCAAAAGGUUGUAUUUGGAGCGUCAGAAGAGCAACUUCCACAUCCACUCUGUGGCGUGUACGGGCACAGAGAUCCACCUGGCCGCCUGCCCGCUGGAGUUCAACAAGCCAAACAGCACGUCGUCCUGUGAGGGCGGCAUGCCAGCCGUCGUCAGCUGCAUGCCGGGGCCGCUCUUCAUGCAAAAUACCGCCUUCAAGAAAAAACUCAAAACUUCGAGCAACGUGAGACUGAAGGGAGGUGCCAGGCUGGGCGAGGGCCGGGUGGAGGUGCUGAAAGAAAACGAGUGGGGGACGGUUUGCGAUGACCGCUGGAACCUGCUUUCAGCCAGUGUCGUCUGCAGGGAGCUCGGCUUCGGCAGCGCCAAGGAAGCUCACACAGGAGCCCGCAUGGGUCAAGGAAUGGGUCCAAUCUAUAUGAAUGAGGUGAAGUGUCUCGGUACGGAGAAGUCAAUCUGGAACUGUCCCUUUAAAAACAUCACAUCGGAGGACUGUCAACACACGGAGGACGCUGCUGUCCGCUGCAACAUUCCCUACAUGGGGCUGGAGAACUCGAUCCGACUCACAGGGGGACGAACCCGCUACGAGGGCCGGUUGGAGGUGCUGAGCACAGACUCUAAUGGGACGGAGAGCUGGGGUCUGAUCUGUGGAGAGACCUGGACCACCAAGGAGGCCAUGGUGGCCUGCAGGCAGAUGGGCCUGGGCUAUGCUAACCAGGCCGCGCAAGAAACCUGGUACUGGGACAGCAGUAAUGUGACGGAGAUGGUGAUGAGCGGUGUGAAGUGCACAGGAAACGAGAUGUCUCUGCGUCAGUGCCAGCAUCACAAAACUGUCAGCUGUCAGAAAGUAGCUGCAAAGUUCGCCGCGGGAGUCAUCUGCUCUGAGACGGCCUCUGACCUCGUCCUGAACGCCCCUCUGGUGCAGCAGACGGCUUAUAUCGAGGAUCGGCCUCUGCACAUGCUCUACUGCGCCGCAGAGGAGGACUGCCUGUCAAAAUCUGCAGCUAAGGCCAACUGGCCGUACGGACACCGACGACUGCUCCGCUUCUCCUCCCAGAUCACCAACAUCGGCCGGGCUGACUUCAAGCCAAAGGCUGGGCGGCACUCGUGGGUGUGGCACGCCUGCCAUGGCCACUACCACAGCAUGGAUAUUUUCACCCACUAUGAUCUGCUGAACGCCAACGGCACCAAAGUGGCAGAAGGACACAAAGCCAGUUUCUGCCUGGAGGACUCAGAUUGCCAAGAAGGUACUUCUAAACGGUACGAGUGUGCCAACUUUGGUGACCAGGGCAUCACCGUGGGCUGCUGGGAUUUGUACCGUCACGACAUCGACUGCCAGUGGAUCGACAUCACAGACGUCAGACCUGGAAACUACAUCAUGCAGAUUGUCAUCAAUCCAAAUUUUGAAGUGGCUGAGAGCGACUUCACCAACAACGCCAUGAAAUGCAACUGCAAAUACGACGGAAAUCGAAUCUGGUUCCAUAACUGCCACAUUGGCGACGCCUUCAGCGAGGAGGCAGAGAGGAGGUUUGAGAAAUACCCCGGACAGCUGAACAACCAGAUUUCUUAAUCAACAAUAAUUUCUCAACAACAUGAGAAUCAAAGUUGGGGUUGUACGAAUAAAAAAAACACGCCUCACUUGCCCAAAAAGUAAGACACACACCCCUUGUCUUCAGGUGCUGAAACAGAUCCCCACAUAUAUUCCGCAUUGGUCACAGAAGGAGCCGACAGUAUUUUCCUCUGGCGAAUGUGUUGUAUGCCUGAGUUAUUAUACUUGAAUAUUCAAGUGCUAAUGUUUUGUUUUGAUUUGUUUCCUAAGUCUAAUGUGAGCUUAUGCUACAUUUUUUAAACAUAAAAUAGGAUUUUAUAAAGUCAGUCGUACAGUCUGAGUACGACAAGUGUACAGCCUUCUAUUGAAUGUUUUUGUUCUUAGUCAUGAAUGAGGUGUUAUUUUUUUAUACACAAAUUUUAUUUUAUUGGAGCAAGCAGGUUCAGAAGUAGCUGAAAUGUGUCUCCUGCAUUUGGUAACACAUUUAAAAAAAAAAAAAAGAAAAAAUCUGAUUCAUGAAUGGGAACAGAUGCAGCUCUGUGAGAGUCUAACUGGUUUCGGUGGGUA